AUGUCUAAGCUGACCUCUGGCAAACCACACGAACAGCGGAAGCUGUCGAAAUAUGGCGGCUCAUCGACGACGGACAGUGGGCCUAUGAUGAUGCUUAGAAGUCUAUACGAUGGCUCUGAAAAGUCCUCAAUUGAAGCCAUCCGCUACUUAAAGGAGUUGAAGUUCAAUGCCUUACGAGCUGACGUUGAUGGGGAAACUAAGUUAUUUAACUGGAGUCUUCAAAGGAAGCUUGAGUCGCUUGACACUUUGACCGAUCGACGGGUUCUUGAUCUCCACGAUGCAUCAGAAUUGAAAGCUCAGCAAUAUCUCACAAAAGUGAUUGAUGCCAUUUCAUUCAGCGUCUACAUGAAAUUUUAUGAGGAAAUGAAGAUUUUAUGUAUCACGUUUCCUCACAACGAUGAGCCUCAUCCUCAUUGGUGCAGAGAGGCUUGGACGCUACUUGCACGGAUAUACCAAUUUAUGGACGACUACGAUCGUUUAGGGAACGUGCUUGAGCUUCUUGCUAUGCUCAUUCCUAAGGAGAACGAGCUUUCGACGGAGUAUGAGGAUAGCAUCCGACCAUUUCGAAAGCAAGUAUAUGAUUUGAAAGCAGAGGACGUGCUUGAUGGUUCCAAAGAAGCGGAAGUGCGUGAUAUCAUUGUUUCCGUUUUGAAUAUUUUACCCAAUUGGUUUUCAUUAUUUUGA